AUGAACACAUGGUUUGAGGAUCCAAGUUGGCACCAUAGUAGUGGACUGAUAGUGUCUAGAACUAUUGUGGCACUAGCAAAGAACUGGAAAAGUUCUAUUAGUUCACCAGUUCUGGAUUACUUUUAUGCUGAGAAUUUGGAUGGCCCUGCCCUGUACUAUUGUGGGUUAAGAGCUUCUGAUAUAGGUGCAUGCUUAUAUAAAAUUCAUGAUAAUAGUGUUAGACCAAGGAAUUUUCUAGGCACAGACAAUGAGGAUAGUAUCGAAGCCAUACUUUCAGACCAUGAAGGUUAUUUAUUGCACAAAUUUAUUGAUAGUGAUAAGCCACUCUGGCCCAUUAUAGAUUUUGAUUUGUUACGAGAGGUGCAUAAUGGCAUUAAAUCUAAGCUUAUGUAUAAAGAGAUACUAGAUACACUCAAUCAUGCCUUUAGAGAUGUUUGUCUUGAAAUAUUUCCAAAACUUAAAAAUAUUGCUCAGAUUGCAAUAUUUAUUGAACUUGUUCAUAAGAAACUUCUAGCGUCUUUUCAGUAG